CGAGGAGAGAGAAUGACGGCGACUCCGCCUCUGCAUUUCUCGAACACAAGUUCUCGUGAACGAUCCCGUAGUGCUGCAGCAGCUCGAUGCGCGCACGGAUAUUGCGAGGUGCCUCCGGGGCUGAUCCCCGAUGGGAAAUGGAGUCCCCACAUCCGGAAGCAUCACUGGCUCUUCCCCAAGAAAAGCGCUUCGGAGUCCAACGUCCACGCUAGGAAACACGGCAUCCACUAUUUCCCUGGCCAUUCCCAGAAAGUGUCCCCUGGGCUUAUGAGUCCAGGUUCCCCUGGUGUCUACAAGCGAAGGCUAUCGUCAGAGGUGGGACAAGGAGAAAAUAACCAUGUGUACACGGGAUCAGGUUCCAUCCCGAACCUGGCUAGCAGACGACCCACUUUGGGUGAGGCUCUUGCUGACAAGAUGGCGGAGACCAGUGUCGGCACUGCAGCCGUCGGCUGGCCCAACUCCCCACAGGAUUAUGAACUCAAGGAUGUCAUCGGAGUGGGAGCCACCGCUGUCGUCCAUAGUGCCUUUUGCAAGCCCAGGAAUGAGAAGUGUGCCAUCAAACGCAUCAAUUUGGAGAAAUGGAAUACCAGCAUGGAUGAACUUCUGAAAGAAAUCCAGGCAAUGUCUUCUUGUAAUCAUGAAAAUGUGGUGACAUACUUCACAAGUUUUGUGGUUGGAGAAGAGUUAUGGCUUAUCCUGAGACUACUUGGGGGUGGAUCUCUCUUGGACAUCAUCCGACACAAGAUGAAGACUCAAGACUGCAAGCAUGGUGUCUUUGAUGAGAGCACAAUUGCCACUGUAUUGAAAGAAGUUCUGAGAGGCCUUGAAUAUUUUCAUAAUAAUGGUCAAAUUCAUAGAGAUAUCAAAGCUGGCAAUAUAUUGCUUGGUGAAGAUGGAUCAGUCCAAAUAGCAGAUUUUGGAGUGAGUGCAUGGCUUGCCACUGGUGGAGAUCUCACACGAACAAAGUCUCGACAUACUUUUGUCGGCACUCCAUGCUGGAUGGCACCUGAAGUUAUGGAACAAGUGACUGGAUAUGAUUUCAAGGCUGAUAUUUGGUCUCUGGGCAUUACAGCAAUUGAAUUGGCUACAGGGACUGCUCCUUAUCACAAAUACCCACCAAUGAAGGUCCUCAUGCUGACUCUGCAGAAUGAUCCUCCUUCACUUGAUAGCGGAGCUGAGGAGAAGGACCAGUACAAGAAUUACGGAAAGACAUUUCGGAAGUUCGUUUCUGACUGUCUUCAGAAAGACCCUACCAAGAGGCCAACUGCUACAGAGCUCUUGAGACAUCCUCUGAUGAAGAAGGCAAAGGACAAGAAAUACCUUCAGCAAGUUCUUAUUCUUAAUGGCCCUACUCUUGAAGAACGUGUCACAAAGGUGAAGAGUCAGAAGAGACAACCAGGAACAUCAGGGCGAUUGCACAGGACAGAUGCUGGAUGGGUAUGGUCCUCUGAUGAAGAAAAUGAUUCUGGAACCGAGGAUGAGAAGCAAGAAAAGGAGAGAUCUCAUCCUGAAGUGCCUGGUGGAUCUGUGGAACACCAAGUUCAAGAUAAUAGUUCAAAGGGGGAUCUGGCUGCACCUCCUCCACUUUCUGCCUCUAUCCCUAUAUCUCCUCAUCCCUCUUGUCCUGCGCAUGAGGUAGCCCUUUCUUUCAUUCUAUUUUGCUUGGUACAUGUCCCAGAUUACAGGGAAUUGUGGGGUGAUGGUGAUGGUUGUUGUAGGAAUGCCAAGAGGGAGUUGAAUGACAUCCGGUUUGAGUUUCAACCAGGAAUGGACAGUGCAGAUGGGAUUGCAUCUGAACUGGUUGGAGCUGGCCUGGUAGAUGGCAGGGACAUGGUGGCAGUAGCUGCAAACCUUCAAAAGCUCAUUGACUCUCGCACUAAUGCCAAGACCCUUACUUUUGCAUUGAGCUCAGGUUGUGCAGUGAAUGAGAUGCCUGAUGACAAAGCUUUGGUGGGAUUUGCACAACUCACCAUCACUGACUAAAAUGUGCUGCAUAUCAUCUCUUUAGAGUCCCCCUUUUUGUCUCUUUACAUUCAGUACUUUCCUUACCCCUCAUCCUGCAGUGCCCGUAGGAAUGAGGGCUACAGUAUGUUACACACUUCAUGUUCAUUUAUUAUCUGUGGUGAUAUUGAUGAAAGAUGCCUUUAUUUAUUGCUGCCUGCCUUUAUGUUCUCUUCAAGGAGUCUUUCAAGUUGGCAUAAGCCUCUGAGAAGAUAAUUUGCUUCUGAUAUUGAGUGUUGAUAACACUCAGAUAUAAUAAGCAACAAAAAUUGUUAUUAUAGUAAUAAAUAAUUUUAUGGAAAAUCUCACACUAGUU